AUGUCGGUUAACGCAAGGGCCAAAGCGGUGCGUGGUCCAAGCAGAAGUGUAGCGACUAAUGUCACCGUUCAGAAACAUCACGUUUCUCGUGACAAACGUGGACAGGUUCUCGGAAACGUGCGGGGAUUCCGGGGUUGUACCGUUUGGUUUACAGGAUUAUCCGGUGCCGGAAAAACAUCCGUAUCCUUCGAACUGGAAGCGUAUUUGGUCGCCAGGGGAAUACCAGCCUACGGAUUGGACGGCGACAACAUGCGAACGGGAUUAAACAGAGAUCUGGGAUUCAGCCCCGCCGAUCGAGAAGAGAACAUCAGGCGCGUGGCCGAAGUGGCUAAAUUGUUCGCUGACAGUGGCGUGGUUACACUAUGCAGUUUUGUGUCUCCAUUUCAACAAGACAGGGAAAUGGCCAGAAAGAUACACAAGGACGCUGAUUUACCAUUUUUCGAGGUGUUUGUUGAUGCACCUUUAAGUGUAUGCGAAGAACGAGACGUCAAGGGUUUAUAUAAAAAGGCCAGGGCUGGUCAAAUCAAAGGAUUUACUGGAGUUGACCAGGUGUAUGAAAAACCAGAUUCACCAGAAUUAGUUCUUAAAACGGUACAUUUAUCCAUAGAAGAGAGUACUAUGCAAGUAGUACAAAUGCUUGAAGAAAAUGAAGUAAUUCCCCUGCAAAUGAAUCGUGACAUUGACCGUGUUGCCGAACUGUUUGUCCCAGAAAACGCAAUAGAAAAAACCAAAUCCGAAGCACUAUUACUUCCUCGACUUGACAUUAGUAAGAUGGACACACAAUGGGUCCAAGUAUUGGCUGAAGGCUGGGCAGCUCCACUCGGUGGUUUCAUGAACGAAGAAGAAUAUUUACAGACUUUGCAUUUCAAUAGUUUUAGUGAGGAUGUUAACCAAUCUAUACCUAUUGUUUUGCCCAUAACCACUGAUAAAAAGGAACAGCUAUUUGGCUGUGAAGAAAUUGCAUUAUGGUAUAAUUCAAAACCGGUAGCAAUAAUUCGUAAACCAUCAUUCUAUCCCCACCGUAAAGAAGAACGAGUUUGUCGUCAAUUUGGAACAUCGCAUCCCAAUCAUCCUUACAUAAAAACAAUUUAUGAAAGUGGUGAUUGGUUGGUUGGUGGUAACUUAGACGUCAUAGAAAGGAUCUUAUGGAAUGAUGGUUUGGACGAUAUUCGUUUUACACCAAAUGAACUCCGCGCAAAAUGGAGAGAAAUGAAAGCAGAUGCAAUAUUUGCUUUCCAACUUCGAAACCCAAUACAUAAUGGCCAUGCACUUUUAAUGCAGGACACUAAGAAAAAACUUCUGGAACGCGGAUAUAAGAAACCAGUCUUACUGUUACAUCCUCUUGGUGGCUGGACAAAAGACGAUGAUGUUCCACUUCAUGUGAGAAUACUUCAACACAAAGCUGUACUUAAAGAUGGAAUUUUGGAUCCAGAAGCUACUGUGUUGGCUAUUUUCCCAGCACCUAUGAAUUAUGCUGGGCCUACAGAGGUGCAAUGGCAUGCCAAAGCUCGCAUGUCUGCCGGAGCAAACUUUUACAUUGUGGGAAGGGAUCCAGCAGGAGUUCCACACCCAGAUCCUAACAUAUCGGGUGAUUUAUUUGAUCCCACUCAUGGUGCUCGUGUGUUGACUAUGGCACCAGGACUGUCAGAUUUGGAGAUCAUACCCUUUCGUGUAGCAGCCUACGACAAAACAAAAAAAGCCAUGGACUUUUAUGAUUCUACCCGGCAUAAUGAUUUCAACUUCAUUUCUGGCACAAAAAUGAGAGGUCUUGCCAAAGAUGGUAUCGAACCACCUGCUGGGUUCAUGGCAUCAUCAGCCUGGGAAGUACUCGCCAACUAUUACAAAUCAUUGAACAAACUUUAA